CGGCUCUCAUGCUGUAAACACGUUCUGUGGGGAACGGAUCCAGAGGUCCGGAAGACUCAGCUUUGUAUGAACUAUAUUAUGACAUCCAGCCCCUUGCAAAGAGUUUCUGUUCGCUUCGAGAAAUUACCACGUUCAUAAAAACCAAGGCUCAGGAAAAAGUCGGACCAAUCAUUUGGCUGGGAGCUCCAGCACCAGAGCCCCGCUCCACCUCGCAGCCUCAGGAGUCGGAAGGACCAGCGUGCAAAUCUUGCCGAGCGCUUCCACACUUUUCCCCGCACUGAACCGUUACUUGUAUGAUGUCUCAUAAUGUCAGUUUCUGGAACACUUAGCAGUUACUAUGUCGAUUCCCUCAUAAGUCAUGAAAAUGAAGAUCCUACUUCAGCCAAGUUCUCCAACAUACAGUGCUCGAGUUACAGACAAGCCGGAGGACAGAGUGACCACGGCGAGUUCCCCUCCUGCAGCUUCCAGCCCAAAACGGCCGUUUUCGGCGCACCUUGGAGUCCUUUCGCGUCCUACUCCUCUAGCAGUUUACCUUCGGUUUACCACGCUUACGUCCCGACUGAGCCUCCUCCUUCGUCGGACGCCAGGUACCUUCGCACUUGGCUCGAUCCUCCGCCGAGAGCUGAGUCACUGGGCGGACAGGACCAUGUCAAAGUAGAGCCCCUGCUUGGACACCUCGGAGAGUCCUCGAACCUUGGGGGACAUGAGUACAAUUUGGAAUCGUCUUCUGCCAGGGAGAACUCCUCAAAUCAAGCCGGUACCGGUUUCGAGGACAAUAAGGACAUUUGUGAAAGCAACGAGGACAAAGAAGGGCCAGAUCAAAACGACCCCUCGGCCAACUGGCUGCAGGCCCGCUCCACAAGGAAGAAGAGGUGUCCUUACACCAAGUACCAAACACUGGAGCUCGAGAAGGAGUUCUUGUUUAACAUGUACCUCACGCGGGACAGGAGACAUGAGGUCGCCCGCCUCUUGAACUUGACAGAGAGGCAAGUCAAAAUCUGGUUCCAGAAUCGACGGAUGAAAAUGAAGAAAAUGAAUAAAGACCAAGCUAAAGAUUAGAGAGGAGCGUAAUGAAAUAAAAAAGAAAACACGUGGAUAGCCUUGCAUUUGUCCGGCAUUUUCUUUUUGUCCAUUCCUAAAGAGGUUAAUAUAGGCUUUUAAAAAUGUUUUAAUAUAUGCAGUGUUUCCUUUCUUGUGUGGACCACCAUGUCCAUUUAUGUCGAUAGCAGUUACUAACUGAGCUAAAAUCCGAAUAAUCUUUAAAAAAUGUAACAACACUUAGUAAAGUGCAAUGUGCGAAGUGUAUUUUGCCUCAUUGUUGUGCAGCACAUAUUUCAUAGGUCCGUUUCUCUAAUGCAGUUAUGUUUCAUUUUGUUUACUGUUUCUGUGUUGUUACGAAUAAAUGAGUGCGAAGUGUAAAAUAGUAUCUGAGUGUAUAAUCAUAAUUUUAUCACUGUGCACAAUAUUUGUGUAGGAAAUAUCCCUACGACACUAUAGGCAUAGCCAUGCCCCCCCGACACACACACACACACACACACACACACACACACACACACACACACCACACACAAAUGUUCAAGUAAGUCUAAUGCCCGCAGACUACUUGACUCCACUGUGCACUGUUGCUAAUAUUUGUUGAUCCCACUAAAUCC